AUGCCAACCCCAACCACCUCUCGAAAACUCAUUAAAUUCCCUCCAUUCGCACUGAAAAAGUCCCACCAACUCGGCUACCAAGAAAUCCAUGUCCUCUUCCUUUCCUGGCAGGCAGACGAUAUUGGCGUCUCGGCUCAACUUGAUCUUCUAUCGAGAGUCUUCAGUUCUGUGUAUAACGCUACGUCUAUAGCGAGUUGUCUUAUUCCAUCAGAGGAUUCAGAGGAGUUUGUUAGGGGUGUUGUUGCGGGGUUUUUAGAGAGGUGGGAUGGGGUUUGUGAGACGGGUUUUGAGGGGGUUUGUGUUGGUGAUUUGGGUAGGGGUUUGGGGGUAGGAGGCGAAGGGGGAGAAAGGAAAUUGCGGAAAAAACGGAGAAAGGAUGGUAAGGUGAAAAGUGUUAAGGCAGCGGAAACGAAGAAGCUUCUUUUGAUAUACUACUCGGGACAUGGAGAGGUGUCUAAAAAAGAAGGGGGUGGAUUAGAUUGGUGCGCUUAUAAGUAUAUCUCACCUCCCUCUCCCCAUUUGUGGAAUCGAAAUCGAGAACAGGCUAACACACAAACCUAGGAAGAAACCAUUCGACGAAUUAGAUCCUCCAUCCCUCCCCUGGACACCAAUACAAAAAAGCCUCGAAUUCACACAAUCAGACAUCCUCCUAAUCCUAGACUCCUGCUCGUCCGCCUCGUCCAUCUCUUUCUCGCCCUCCCCAUUAACCUCCCAAAUUCAACAAUCCGACCACCGAAAACUCCCAUCUCAUCACCCCUCUCAACGCAGCACCUUCACACUCCUCACCUCAUGUUGUUUCUCCACCCAAACACCGGGUUUAGGUCCAGAUUCAUUCUUCAAUUUCUUCGUGCAGGAACUCUGUUCUCUUCCGCUUGUCAAGAAAAGUAUGCGAGAAGGGGGAUUUGAAAUCGAGGAGUUGCAUCGGAGAUUAGUUGCUAGGGCUGGACGAGGUGGUGAGGGCGCGAGAUGUCCGGUUCUUGUGAGGAUUUCUAGUUCCUAUGGAGAGAGGGGGGGUGGGAGUGCGAAGGGUAUUGUACUUGGACGGUUGGAGGAUGAGAAGACAGUCAGGGAGACUAUGGUGGAGAAUUAUUUGGUUUCUGCGAGGGAAAUUUUGGGGUUCUUGGAGGAGAGAUUUUCUAAGGGGGAUGAGGAUGAGCUUGAGGGGCAUGGCAUGAAAGAGUUAGCGGAAAGUGCGAGAGAUGGAUGUGAGGGUGCCAGGAGAGAUAGUGUUGAUUGUUGUGAGGUAACAGAUUGCCAGGUUGUUAACUGUGAGAGUGAGGCUACUAGUGUGGAUCAGAGUGGGAGUAGAAGAGUCUCUGGGUCAGGGGUUAUAAGAUUGGAUAGCAGUGAGUCUGAGGAUACUCUGGGACCUUUGGUUCGUUGUUAGGGUCCUGUUGGUUAAGUUUACCUUGGUAGUUAUUGGAACUUCAAGAAAAAUGCAAUGAAC